GCGGACCGGGCACACGGUGCUGACCUGGGGGAUCACGCUGGUGCUCUUCCUGCACGACACCGAGGAAGGGAGGAGAAAGAGAAACAUCAAUGAUGACAGAGAAUCAUUGAUCGGCCGCCCCCUGCACACCCCACACUGAUGGAGUCCACAGCCCGGGCAUGUGCCCUGAUCAGGAAUUGAAAUCACUGCGACAAUGGGAAGAACAGGGGGAGCUCUUCCUGCCCCUCACCUUCCUGCUCCUCGUACUGGGCUCCCUGCUGCUCUAUCUGGCCGUGUCACUCAUGGACCCAGGCUACGUGAACAUCCAGCCCCAGGAGGAGGCCAAGGAGGAACAGACAGCCAUGGUGCCUCAGGCCAUCGCCCUUCGGCGCUGCAGAUACUGCAUGGUGCUGCAACCCCUGCGGGCCCGACACUGCAGUGAGUGCCGCCGCUGCGUCCGCCGCUACGACCACCACUGCCCCUGGAUGGAGAACUGUGUGGGGGAACGGAACCACCCGCUCUUCGUGGCCUACCUGGCGCUGCAGCUUGUGGUGCUGCUGUGGGGCCUGUACCUGGCAUGGUCCGGCCUCCGCUUCUUCCAGCCCUGGGGGCUGUGGCUGCGGUCCAGCGGGCUCCUGUUCGUCACCUUCCUGCUGCUCUCCCUCUUCUCCUUGGUGGCCGGCCUGCUCCUGGCCUCGCACAUCUACCUGGUGGCCAGCAACACCACCACCUGGGAGUUCCUCUCCUCGCACCGCAUUGCCUACCUCCGCCAGCGCCCCGACAACCCCUUUGACCGGGGCCUGACCCGCAACCUGGCCCACUUCUUCUGCGGAUGGCCCUCGGGGCCCUGGGAGACCCUCUGGGCCGAGGAGGAGGAGGAAGAGGGUGAGGGCAGCAGCCAGGCUGUUUAGGGUUGCAGGAGGCAGAGCCACCAUCUUGUGCCUGAAAACGAAGGGCGGACCCCGAGGGCCUGGGGCUGCUCACUUCUGCCCACACCUCCCAGCCUCAGAGCAGACUGACCUCCAAAGGAAGGAGGGGAGGAAGAGGACCUGUGCGGGGCCAGGGCACCAGUGCCCGGGGCAUCCGAAACCUCCACCCACCCUCCAAGCCAGAAUCCCUCCAGUGCACAGUUUUAUAUAUUUAAUAAUCCAUAAAGCAAGUCAAGUAUUAAAAACC